AUGGCCCUCUCCUUCGCUCCCCGUCAGCUCUACUACGACGGCAAGGUGCAAGCCGCCUCGUCCGGCAAGACCUUCCAGACGGUCAACCCGGCCACCGCGACGCCGCUGGCCGACAUCCAGGUUGCCGCCCAUGCGGAUAUCGACGCUGCCAUUGCGGCUGGUGAGCGCGCAUUCCCUGCGUGGUCGCAGACUCCUGCGAUCGCUCGUGCUCGUAUCCUCCACAAGGCCGCUUCUCUUCUGCGCGAGCGCAACGAUGAGAUUGCUCGCGUCGAGACUCUCGACUCCGGCAAGGCGUACACUGAAACCAGCACUGUGGACGUUGUAACGGGAGCCGAUGUCCUGGAGUACUACGCCAACUUCAUCGGUGGUGGUGGCCUCAACGGUGAGACCACUCAGCUGCGUGAGGAUGCAUGGGUGUACACCAAGAAGGCUCCUCUGGGUGUCUGCGCCGGUAUUGGUGCUUGGAACUAUCCCAUCCAGAUCGCCCUCUGGAAGUCAGCUGCCUGUCUGGCCGCUGGUAACACCAUGGUCUACAAGCCCAGUGAAUAUACCCCGCUCCACGCCCAGACUCUCGCCGAGAUAUACACCGAAGCCGGUGUGCCCGCCGGCGUCUUCAACGUGAUCAACGGUGCCGGCGAUGUUGGGGCCUACCUGACCAGCCACCCCAGCAUCGCCAAGGUUUCCUUCACCGGUCAGGUGUCCACUGGCCAAAAAGUCGCUGGCUCUGCCACCGGUAACAUGAAGUACGUGACAAUGGAGCUGGGCGGCAAGAGCCCCCUGAUCGUGUGCCCGGACGCGGACCUGGAGAACGCGGUCGAUGGCUCCAUGAUGGCCAACUUCUACAGUACUGGUCAGGUCUGCACCAACGGUACCCGGGUCUUCGUCCCGCGUGCCAUGAAGGCCGCCUUCGAGAAGCGUCUGUUGGAGAAGAUCCCUUUCGUGCGGGCUGGCCCGCUCUUCGACGAACAGACCAACUUCGGUCCCCUGAGCUCCGCGGCCCAUCACGAGAAGGUUCUUUCUUACAUUCGUCACGGUAUCGAGACUGACCGCGCUACUCUCCUCUGCGGUGGUCCCGAGAAGCCUACCGUGCCCCAGGACCUGCAGGCCGGUUACUGGGUCAAGCCGACUAUCUUCACUGACUGCACUGACUCCAUGCGCAUUGUCAAGGAGGAGAUCUUCGGCCCUGUCAUGUCUAUCCUCUACUACGACACCGUCGAGGAGGCUGUGAAACGCGCCAACGCCACCGAGCUCGGUCUCGCUGCUGGUGUCUUCACCAAGGACCUGAACCAGGCUCACCGCGUCAUUGAUCAGUUGCAGGCUGGUAUUACCUGGGUGAACACCUGGGGUGAGAGCCCCGCCGAGAUGGCGGUCGGUGGCUGGAAGAAGAGCGGUCUGGGCGUUGAGAAUGGCCGCCGCGGUAUCGAGGCUUGGGUGCAGAACAAGAGUACCCUCGUGGACAUGAGCGGUGCCGUGGCUACGGUCUUUGCCAAGCUGUAA